UGUUCUGAAUUGUUUAAUAAUAAUAGCCAUUUUUUAGAGAUAGGAGGAGGAGAGAGGGAUCUUUGGAAUUUGGGCUGGUUUCCAUCUUUUGAGAGCCAUGCUUGUCUCUUGGAGCUGAGGCUGAAAACUUGUCUUUUUGAAUUCUGGAUCUCUCAAACUUCGCCUUCUUUUGAAUAUGUAACAGUUCAUUGUUUUUUCUUGAGGUUGUGGAGGGAGAAUUUUGUUUCUCUCUUGUUUUCUUUUUCAUCUUUCUAAUGAUAGCUUUCUGGUUCCUGAAUCACGAACAACAAUGCUAAUGAUAAUCAAAGUUUAUGUUAGCAGUAAACUUUUCCUUGUAUAUCAGAAAAAAAAAAGUUCCUGAUCAAAUUGGCAGUGCUUUAGAGGAAGUUUUCUUAUAUAUACAUGUGUCUGUCUGCAUGUUAUCUUGGGGGGUUUCCAGCUCAGAUAUGAAGUGUGAAUCAAAAGAAAAACCAGAAAAGAAACAGAAACAGAGAAAAGAGCACCAGAAAUUCUACUUGGCUGCAGUUGAUGGGUCUCAAUAAGAUGCAACAGGGCCACCAGCAUCACUCUGUGGCUGUGAAGGUUAAUGACCAAAUGGGAACCAAGAGAAAGUAUACUUUUAUUCAAGCAAACAGGGCUUGGCUCCCAAAGUUUCUACUUCUUUGGAUAAUGGUGAUGGCGUUCUUGAGCAUGUUGAUCUACGAUGGAAUGGACGCCGAUAACAAAGAAAGGAGGAAGGAAGUUUUGAGCAGUAUGUGUGAACAACGAGCAAGAAUGUUGCAAGAUCAGUUCAGUGUUAGUGUUAAUCAUGUCCAUGCCCUUGCCAUUCUCAUCUCCACUUUUAAUUACUACAAGAACCCAUCUGCUAUUGAUCAGGAAACUUUUGCAGAAUACACAGCAAGAACAGCUUUUGAGAGGCCAUUGCUCAGUGGGGUGGCUUAUGCUGAAAAGGUGGUCGAUUCAGAGAGAGAAACAUUUGAGAGACAACACGGGUGGACUAUAAAGACAAUGGAGAGGGAACCGUCACCUGUUCGAGAUGAGUAUGCACCUGUCAUCUUCUCUCAAGAGACUGUCUCCUACAUUGAAUCCCUUGACAUGAUGUCAGGAGAGGAGGACCAAGAAAACAUUUUGCGAGCUAGGGCAACUGGAAAAGCUGUUUUAACAAACCCCUUCCGGCUGCUGGGUUCUCACCAUCUUGGUGUAGUCUUGACAUUCCCUGUUUACAACUCAAAGCUUCCUCCAAAUCCAACAGUCCACGAGCGCAUUGAAGCAACUGCAGGAUACCUAGGUGGAGCUUUUGAUGUUGAGUCCCUUGUUGAAAAUUUACUUGGGCAACUUGCUGGAAAUCAGGCUAUUCUGGUUAAUGUGUAUGAUAUCACAAACUCGUCUGAUCCUUUAAUCAUGUAUGGUCACCAAAAUCAAGAUGGUGAUGCAUCUCUUCUGCAUGAGAGCAUGCUUGAUUUUGGAGAUCCGUUUAGGAAGCACCAGAUGAUAUGUAGAUAUCAUCAGAAGGCACCCACAUCAUGGACAGCGCUCACCACGGCAUUCUUAUUCUUUGUGAUCGGUUUAUUAGUUGGUUAUAUCUUAUAUGGUGCUGCUAUUCACAUUGUUAAAGUUGAGGAUGAUUUUCAUGAAAUGCAGGAGUUAAAAGUUCGAGCAGAAGCUGCUGAUGUUGCCAAAUCCCAGUUUCUGGCCACUGUAUCUCAUGAAAUUAGAACACCCAUGAAUGGUAUCCUUGGAAUGCUAGCUUUACUUCUAGAUACUGAUUUAAGUUCAACCCAGAGAGAUUAUGCUCGAACUGCUCAAGGUUGUGGUAAAGCAUUGAUAGCAUUGAUAAAUGAGGUGCUUGAUCGGGCAAAGAUUGAAGCUGGCAAGUUGGAGUUGGAGAGAGUGCCAUUUGACAUCAGAUCCAUACUAGAUGACGUCCUCUCUUUAUUUUCUGAGAAGUCAAGGCACAAAGGCAUUGAGCUGGCAGUGUUUGUUUCUGAUAAGGUACCAGAAAUUGUUAUGGGGGACCCAGGGAGAUUCAGACAAAUAAUUACCAAUCUUGUCGGGAACUCUGUUAAGUUCACUGAGCGAGGACAUAUCUUUGUUAAAGUCCAUCUGGCUGAGCAACCAAGGGAUAUAGUGGAUGCAAAAGUGGAAACUUGUCUAAAUGGAGGAUCAGAUGAAAGUGGUUGCCAUCAAUUUAAGACCCUAAGUGGUUUUGAAGCAGCUGAUGAUAGGAAUAGUUGGGACUCCUUUAAGCAUUUAUUUGCUGGUGAAGAACAACAACAUGAUGGUUCAGUAAACAUGAUGACUAGUAAAGGAACUUCUGACAAUGUGACUUUGAUGGUCUGUGUAGAGGACACAGGAAUUGGCAUUCCACUACCUGCUCAGGAUCGGGUUUUCAUGCCCUUCAUGCAAGCAGACAGUUCAACCUCUAGAAACUAUGGUGGAACAGGUAUAGGAUUGAGCAUUAGUAAGUGCCUGGUUGAGAUGAUGCAUGGUCGUAUAAACUUCAUAAGCCGGCCUCAGGUUGGGAGUACGUUUUCGUUUACUGCUGUGUUUGAGAGGUGUAAAGAAAAAGCAUAUGAUAAUAUGAAAAAGCCUAAUUGUGAAAACCUGCCUUCAAGUUUUCGAGGAUUGAAAGCAACAGUAGUUGAUGGAAAACCAGUUAGAGCUGCUGUAACCAAAUACCAUCUAAGGAGACUUGGUAUAGUUGUUGAGGUUGUGAAUAGCAUCAGGGAAGCAUGCAGGAAAAAUGGUCCGUUUACUUUUGGAAAUAGUUUCCAGCCAGAUAUAAUUCUCGUAGAAAAGGAUUCAUGGACUUCUGCUGAUGAUGGAAGUUCUGGGUUACGGUUGUUGGACUGGAAACAGAAUGGGCAAACUUAUAAAAUACCUGAGUUGAUCCUUCUUGCAACCAAUAUUUGUAAUGUAGAAUUUGAUAAAGCAAAGGCUGCAGGUUUUGCUGAUACUGUGAUUAUGAAACCUUUAAGAGCAAGUAUGGUGGCUGCUUGUCUUCAGCAAGUGCUGGGAAUAGGGAAGAAGAGACGGACAGGGAAAGAAUUGCCUAAUGGAUCUUCCAUCUUUCAGAGCCUGCUUUGUGGAAAGAAAAUUUUGGUGGUUGAUGACAAUAUGGUAAACCGCAGAGUUGCUGCUGGUGCACUGAAGAAGUUUGGGGCUGCUGUGGAGUGUGUUGACAGUGGCAAAGCUGCAUUGAGGAUGCUUCAGCUACCGCACAGUUUUGAUGCUUGCUUUAUGGAUAUACAGAUGCCAGAAAUGGAUGGGUUUGAGGCAACCCGCAGAAUACGGAUGAUGGAGAGUCAGGCAAAUGAGCAGAUGAAUGGCAUGUGGCAUAUUCCUAUACUAGCAAUGACAGCUGAUGUGAUCCAUGCGACAUAUGAUAAGUGCCUGAAAUGUGGAAUGGAUGGGUAUGUUUCGAAACCCUUUGAGGAAGAAAAACUCUACCAGGCUGUUUCUAAGUUCUUCAAAGCCAAACCCAUCAUGGACUCAUAACAGGAAUUCCUACACCUAUGAGGACAAAGUGAAUUCUAAGCCGAAGAAUUUCAGUACCAGUAAAUUUUGACAUUCUGCUGGUGUUUUUAUUCUUUUUAUUUUGUUUUUAUCUAAAUUUCCUGCUCGCAGAUGUGGAAAUAGUUGGUUUCUUGGGAAUUUUGAGGAUUCUUGACCGACAGUGAAACACAGGCUUUGGGCAGACAUUUUCUAACCAACCUGAAUUUAACAUGAUUAGAAUGUUGAGUAUAUGUAUACUACCAUAGAAUCCUCCAGCCCUACGUGUAUGUAUAGAUCUUUAGGAAGGGGAGGGGGUACCAAAGGUGUAAAUCACAUAUAUAUUUUUCUAUGGCUUUCUAUUGGAAAUGGUCUUCAUAUCUGGAUUUGGAGAAAAACUCAGAUCACUGACACUGAAACGUGAAAGAAAAGUAGACAUCGGUGAUCAAAUUAUUUGCUUGUAUGAUUAUUUGUAUUGGGUGCAAUCUAGCAGUGAAAUUCUUUAUUCGAUUC